GGGCGGAGCAGGUGCUUCUACUGGCUCGCCGCACUGACCUUCGGCGGAUAUCCCUGGAUUUACCUGACUUCACAGACAUCGUCUUACAAGUCAGUGACAUCCGGCACGCAAUUGCCAUCGACUAUGACCCAGUGGAAGGAUACGUCUACUGGACGGAUGACGAGGUGAGGGCAAUCCGCCGUGCCCGAAUAGACGGAAGCGACACCCAGACUUUGGUCACCAAUGAGAUCAACCAUCCCGAUGGAAUUGCGGUAGACUGGGUGGCACGCAACCUCUACUGGACGGACACCGGCACUGAUCGCAUUGAGGUGAUUAGACUCAACGGCACUUCUCGGCGCAUCCUCAUAUCUGAGAACCUGGAUGAACCACGAGCCAUCGUGUUAGAUCCCAUAAACGGAUACAUGUACUGGACUGACUGGGGAGAGAUGCCCAAGAUCGAACGAGCAAACCUGGAUGGAACAGACAGAGUUGUGCUGCUCAACACCUCACUUGGUUGGCCCAAUGGUUUGGCCAUUGACUAUGUCGCAGGAAAGCUUUACUGGGGCGAUGCCAAAACGGACAAAAUUGAG